AUGAGGCCCAAAUCUGGACGACAGCCGACAACAGGCGGUUACCGGGCCUGCAGCGGCGAGACUCUCACCCUGAUACAAGCCCGAGGGACGAACUCCCUCCUCACCACUGCGGCUUUAAGUGACUACCUGGAUGUCUUCAUCUUCACCAGACAUGCGGGACUCUGCAUGGCAAAGAAGCGAGGCCAGCAACUAACGGCUCCCAAG